UCCCCCCGCGGCCCCCCGGCUCUCCCCGGCCCCGCCGCCCCCGCGGCCCCCCGGGCCCGCCCGCAUCGGCUACUACGAGAUCGAGCGCACCAUCGGCAAGGGCAACUUCGCCGUGGUGAAGCUCGCCACGCACCUGGUGACCCGCGCCAAGGUUGCAAUAAAGAUCAUUGAUAAGACUCAGCUGGAUGAAGAGAACCUGAAGAAGAUAUUUAGAGAAGUUCAGAUCAUGAAGAUGCUUUGCCACCCACAUAUCAUCAGACUGUACCAGGUUAUGGAGACGGAGAGGAUGAUUUAUCUGGUGACAGAGUAUGCCAGUGGAGGGGAAAUAUUUGAUCACCUGGUGGCCCACGGGCGCAUGGCCGAGAAGGAAGCCCGGAGAAAGUUCAAGCAGAUCGUGGCUGCUGUCAACUUCUGCCACUGUCGUAACAUAGUCCACAGGGAUCUGAAGGCAGAAAAUCUCCUCCUGGAUGCAAACCUGAACAUCAAAAUAGCAGAUUUUGGGUUCAGCAACAUCUUCACCCCUGGCCAGCUUCUUAAAACCUGGUGUGGGAGUCCUCCCUAUGCUGCUCCAGAGCUCUUUGAAGGCAAGGAGUACGAUGGGCCAAAGGUUGAUAUUUGGAGCCUCGGCGUGGUGCUGUACGUGCUGGUGUGCGGGGCCCUGCCCUUCGACGGGAGCACCCUGCAGAACCUGCGCGCGCGCGUGCUCAGCGGCAAAUUCCGCAUCCCCUUCUUCAUGUCCACAGAGUGUGAACACCUGAUCCGCCACAUGCUGGUGCUGGACCCGAGCAAGAGGCUCUCCAUGGAGCAGAUCUGCAAACACAAGUGGAUGAAGCUGGGGGAGGCUGAUGCAGAGUUUGACAGGCUGAUAGCGGAGUGUCAGCACCUGAAGACCGAGAGGCAGCUGGAGCCGCUGAACGAGGACGUGCUGCUGGCCAUGGCGGACAUGGGGCUGGACAAGGAGCGCACGGUGCAGUCGCUGCGAGCCGACGCGUACGAUCACUACAGCGCGAUCUACAGCCUGCUCUGCGACCGCCUCAAGCGGCACAAGAACCUGCGCAUUGCGCCCUCGCCCAGCAUCCCACGCACCAUCACCUUCCCCACCUCGGCCAACAUCCAGCAGACAGAACAGACAGGCAACACCAUGAACAUCAACGUGCCCCAAGUCCAGCUCAUCAACCCCGAGAACCAAAUCGUGGAGACUGAUGGAACAAUGAACCUGGACAGUGAUGAAGGGGAGGAGCCGUCACCCGAGGCUCUGGUCCGGUACCUGUCCAUGAGGAGGCACACAGUGGGAGUGGCAGACCCACGGACGGAGGUCAUGGACGACCUGCAGAAGCUCCUGCCUGGCUUCCCCCGUGUCACUCCUCAGGCUCCGUUCCUGCAGGUGACCCCGAAUGUGAACUUCAUGCACAGUGUGCUGCCCAGACAGAACCUGCAGCCCACGGGGCAGCUGGAGUACAAGGAGCAGUCCCUGCUGCAGCCCCCCACGCUGCAGCUGCUGAACGGGAUGGGCCCGCUGGGCCGGCGGGCGUCGGACGGCGGGGCCAACAUCCAGCUGCACGCGCAGCAGCUGCUCAAGCGGCCGCGGGGCCCCUCGCCGCUCGUCACCAUGACGCCAGCUGUCCCAGCUGUCACCCCUGUGGACGAGGAGAGCUCCGAUGGGGAGCCGGAUCAGGAGGCUGUGCAGAGAUACUUGGCAAAUAGGUCAAAAAGGCACACUCUGGCCAUGACCAACCCUACAGCUGAAAUCCCUCCAGACUUGCAGAGGCAGCUAGGACAGCAGUCCUUCCGACCCCGGGCUUGGGCUCCACACCUGGGACCCGACCAGCACCGUUCUAUUUACAAGGACUCCAACACUCUGCACCUCCCCACCGAGCGCUUCUCCCCGGUGCGGCGCUUCUCCGACGGGGCUGCCAGCAUCCAGGCUUUCAAAGCCCACCUGGAGAAGAUGGGCAAUAACAGCAGCAUCAAACAGCUUCAGCAGGAGUGUGAGCAGCUCCAGAAGAUGUACGGUGGGCACAUGGACGAGAGGACGCUGGAGAAGACGCAGCAGCAGCACAUGUUGUACCAGCAGGAGCAGCACCAUCAGAUCCUUCAUCAGCAGAUUCAGGACUGUAUCCGGCCUCCCCAGCCAUCUCCACCCUUGCAAGCUCCAUGUGAAAACCAGCCAGCUCUGCUCACUCACCAGCUCCAGAGGUUACGGAUCCAGCCAUCCAGCCCGCCCCCGAACCACCCCAACAAUCAUCUCUUCAGGCAGCCCAACAGCAGCCCACCCCCCGUGAGCAGCAGCGUGCUCCAGCCCCAUGGUGCUGCCUCCCAGUCCCAGUUCCAAGGGAUGCCAUCCCACAGCACCAUCUUCCCGCAGUCGGGUAACUGCUCCCCUCCCCCGGCCAUGGGGCUGACGUGCCUGGCCCUGCAGCAGCAGCAGUCGCAGCCCCAGCAGGUCACCAUCCAAGUGCAGGAGCCCGGGGACAUGGUGGGCAGCAGCCUCCUGCCCGGGGCCCCCGUGGGCGGGCAGGGCCUGGCGUCCCACGCGCGGGGGAUGUCCCUGAGCCCCAGCGCCAGCCAGAUGCAGAUGCAGCACCGCGCCAGCCUGAUGGCCUCCCUCAGCUACGGCCACCGGCAGCUGUCCAAGCAGCUCAGCGCCGACAGCGCCGAGUCGCACAGUCUGAACGUGAACAGGUAUCCCCCUGCCAACUACGACCAGGUGCACUUACACCCCCACCUGUUCCCGGAGCAGCCCCGCGUUUCCCCCAGCAACUACAGCCCGCCGGGAGGGGUGGGGUUCCCUGCAGCCCAGCAGGCUCUGAAGGUCCCGCAGCUCGAGCAGUACCCCAGCUUCCCUCCGAACGCACAUCAGCAGCAGCAGCACUACACGGCAUCGGCACUACAGCAGGCACUGUUGUCCCCGACACCUCCCGACUACAGCCGACACCAGCAGGUACCGCACAUCCUCCAGGGACUGCUUUCCCCCCGGCACUCGCUCACGGGGCACACGGACAUGCGGCUGCCCCAGGCAGAAUUUGCACAGCUCAUCAAACGGCGGCAGCAGCAGCAGCAGCAGCAAGAAUUCCAAGAGUUGUUCAGGCAUAUGAGUCAAGGGGAUGCUGGGAGUAUGGGCACCAGCAUGGGACAGAACCUCUCGGAGCGCCAGUCGUUGUCUUUGCCUUAUCAGAGUGCUGACACGUACCACCCCCAGAACAGCCCCCAACAUCUCUUAAAAAUCAGGGCGCAAGAAUGUAUCCAGCAGGUCCCUGCGUCCGUGCCACCGCCGCAGGGAUACGGACACCAGCCAGCCCUGUUCCACUCGGAGAGCAUGGAGGAGGACUGCGCCUGCGAGGGAAACAGGGACAGCUUUCCUGACAGUAAGAGCUCAAACACAUUGACCAAAGGUUGCCACGAGACCCCUCUGCUUGUAAACGCAGGAGGGCACAGGGACCCCGAAUCUUUGCUAGGAACUGCUAAUCCCGCGCAGGAGCUGGGAACGCACCAGUACAGGCAUCAGCCCACGCCUGGAUUCAGGAAUAAGGUGCCCAGCAGAGAACUCCACUUCCCUGCUGUGCUCAGAGUGGAGGGAAUCGCCCCAGGCUCAGUGGAGGUUGGAAGCUCCAGAGGGGCGUUUGAGUCCAUCGUAGGGAACUGCAUGGACAGGAGCUCCCCCGGCCAAGCCAUGCAGGUGCCUGACCACAACGGCCUGGGCUACCCCGUGCGCCCCUCGUCCAGCGAGCACCCGCGGCCCCGCACGCUGCAGAGACAUCACACCAUCCAGAACAGUGACGAUGCCUACGUCCAGCUGGAUAACUUGCCCGGCAUGAGUCUGAUGGCAGGGAAGGCGCUGAGCUCUGCUCGGAUGUCGGACGCGGUGCUCAGCCAGUCGUCGCUGAUGUCCAGCCAGCAGCUGCGCGACAGGGACGGCGAGGAGUGUGGGGAGAGUUUGGAAGGUCAGGAGCACGCAAACCUGGGGGACGGCAGCCAGCACCUCAACACCUCCUGCUACCCCUCGACGUGUAUCACGGACGUCCUGCUGAGCUACAAGCACCCAGAGGUGCCCUUUGGGAUGGAGCAGGCGGGGGUGUAACCAGGAGGGAGGUUUGUGUACAGCUUUGAAACGAAAAGGUCCAUUUUAAACCAACAGUAUCUAGCAGCAUUGCGCCAAAUUGCCGUAGUAUUUCUGACUAACUGGAAUACCAUGGCCCCUUUCCUCAUCCUCACUUCAUCCAGUGUGUCGUUCCUUUGGGUUCUUUAAUUUCUGCCACACUUGCCUGUGACUCCAGCUGCACCCAGAGCCCUGAGCCCGACACGGAGGAUGGGCCUCGGCGCCGGGGCUGCUCUGGGGGCUGGCCCUGCCUGGGGCCCACGCCGGGCUGAGCCUCCCUGGAGCCUGCCCUGGGCAGGUCCGAGGGGGCUGGAGCCACUCCUGGAUGGAGGCCCCGCUCUCCUUCCACUCUGUCCCCUGCACUGGGGGGCUCCGGGCCUGGCGGCGCUGCUGGGGGCCCUCCCACCCCGGUGCAAUCCACUCUUGUCUCACCUCUGUCUGCUCUGUUCCCUCUCGUGUGUCGGGGGGCUGGCAGGGUCACCCCUGCCCUGCCCUCCUUCCCUUUUCUUUCCAAAUCUGCCAUGACUUGGGGUUUUUUCUUUUCCUGGCUAAUGUAGGGCAGACGGAUUUUUCUUUGUUUCCUUCGCUUUUCCUCCUGAUCACGUAGGAAUUGUUUUUUUGGUAAAUGUUGUUUUAUUAUUAUUGUUAUUAAUAAAAGGCAAAAGGAAUUUCUGUUUGAGAGAAAUUUUUAACUAGAUUCUGUUCUAUAUGAAUUGUGACUUGCACCUUUUGUUCAAAGUAUUUUAUUUCUUUUAAUGACAUUGUACUUGUGACUGGUUUUCUCUCGUGCCAGUGGCGACAGUGGUAAUUCUCCUUAUACAGUCGGGACGUGCAGAGGUCUCUUCUUUGUCCCUUUCCAUCCUUUCCGUGGUGGAUAGAGCGGGAGGGCCCCGCUGCUGGGGCUCAGGAGCACGUGGUGUCAGCCUUGCCUUUGGGACUUGACAAGCUCCAGCUCAGAUCCUUCCUACUGACAUUUUUUCUGGAAUAUUUUUUAAAACUAAAGGAAACAUCGACCCAGCCCUCCUGACUUUGCACAGAAGGAAGUGUGAAACCAGCACGGCAGAGGUGACUUUGCUGUCCUUACCCCGUGCCUCUUCCCAGCCUCCCCUCCUCCGGGAGAGCACCGCUGACGGCUCCGCCAUCCCGAAAAUCAGAGAGGAGGGAAGCUCCAGCCCCUCACCCGGCGCCUGCGGGCUCGGGGAGCCCCGGAUGGAGCGGGAAGGGUGGGAAACGCUGAAAGCCUUUUGCUCUGUCCCUUCGGUUCGUUUUCCUUUUGUUUACAUGACACUGUAUCCCGGGAGAGUCGCCGGCGCCCCCAGCAGCCGCCCCGCAGGGCCGCGUCACCGUGCCAUCCGCAGUAUCACACUUUUUUUAUCAUGGCUUUGUAUUGUAGUAAUCAAUACGCGCAGUAUAUGUUGAAUGUAUAUUAAUAUACUUUGCUAUUAUUUCUGUUUUUUGGAAAUGUCAGAAGUAUUUUUUUUUUCUUCCUCAUUUAUGUUGGACUAAAAACGAACAGGAAAAAAAAGAGUUUCCGUAAAUCUUCAGUCCAUUUUUUUGUGGGUCACUUGCAACUAGUCAAUUAGUUGGACAGUGGGAUCAUAACAAAUAAAACCAUGAUUAUGAUCUUCCCGA